CAUUAAGGGCCCUCCAGUUAUCUGUGAACAAGGACCAAGUACACCUUCAUCACCGACAAACUCUAGAUUACGAAGACCGAAUCCACUUAGCUCAGACGCAAUGGAGAGGAUUAAUGUGUCGACAAUUUGCCAACCUUUCCAAAAAUUUGCUUCACUGAGCCCACAUUCAACAAGUGAUCUCGGUUCUAGCCCUCGGAGUUCUAUAAGUGCUGGUACAAGCAGCUGUAGCCCAGGUUGGACUGGCUUAGGAGGUAGCAAAAAAUCAAGCCUGGAAUGUGAUACUGAUUCGGAUGUUUUGUCGAAGGAUCUCCUUUCACCAUGUAUGACUUAUUCUUCAGCACCAUUUAGUCCAUUUAGCGAUUGUACUGAGCCACCGGAUACUCCUCAUUCAAUAUUCGGUGUUUCUCCUGCCAUAUCACCAAAUACAUCAAUGAAAUCACUUCAUUUUAGGUAUUUUUUGGAUUUAAAAUAA